AGAUAACUUGUCCAGGGGUGGUGUUACCAUCCCAAGAAGACAUUUAUGUGAGUGUUCGGAUAAUGGGCCAGUAUCAGAAGUCCAAGUGUGUUCCUCCAGUUUUCCCUCUGCUGCUGCAUGAAAAAAUGGUGUUUGUGAAGACCUUUGUGGGAGCAGUUGACCUGGGUGCUGUAGCUGAGCAUCUGGAAAAUGAUACAACAUCUUUAGAGCUCAUUCAGCUCAUUCCUCCAGAGGGUGAGAUCCUGGCCACAUUUGAAGAAGACACCCGGGAGUUUCUGUAUCCAGGCCCUCGUUUGACUCCCAGAAGCCCCGGCCCAGAGAGAGAGAUUCUGAUGAAGAGAUCCAUCUCCUUGCCCGUGCGUGUGUCUUCCUCUCAGC